UAGUUCUCGGUUCAUCACGGGAUCGUCGGCAAAACCGCCCCGGAAAGGCUAAGGGCGACCAGUCCCCGUCCACCAACCUCUUCGCUCCCUCUUCUUCCCUCUUUUCCCGUUCCAACCUCACCUCUCCCUUUCCAUCACAUCACGCUCUUCAACACCUCCAUCAUGUUCAAGAGCGGUCUUGCCCGGUCCUUCGGGAGGGUUGCCCGUCCGGCUCCCAUCGCCCGCGCCUUCCAGCCUCUCCGCUCCUCUGCCCUGCCGGCUCUCUCUGCCCGCUUCGCCAGCUCCGAUGCUGCUCAGUCUGGCAAGGUCCACCAGGUCAUUGGUGCCGUCGUUGACGUGAAGUUCUCCGGCGAGAAGCUCCCUGCCAUCUACAACGCCAUUGAGACCACAAACAACGGCCAGAAGCUCGUCCUUGAGGUUGCUCAACAUCUUGGUGAGAAUGUCGUCCGUACUAUUGCCAUGGACGGUACCGAGGGUCUAUCCCGUGGUGUCGUUGCCACCGACACUGGUGCCCCCAUCACCAUCCCCGUCGGUCCCGCCACCCUGGGCCGUAUUAUCAACGUCACUGGUGACCCCAUUGACGAGCGUGGUCCCGUCAAGGCCACCAAGUUCGCUCCCAUCCACGCCGAUCCUCCCCCAUUCGUCGACCAGUCCACCGAGGCUGAGAUUCUCGUCACCGGUAUCAAGGUUGUCGACCUUCUCGCCCCCUACGCCCGUGGUGGUAAGAUUGGUCUGUUCGGUGGUGCCGGUGUCGGUAAGACCGUGUUCAUUCAGGAGCUGAUUAACAACAUUGCCAAGGCCCACGGUGGUUACUCCGUUUUCUGUGGUGUCGGUGAGCGUACCCGUGAGGGUAACGAUCUGUACCACGAGAUGCAGGAGACCGGUGUCAUCCAGCUUGAUGGUGACUCCAAGGUCGCUCUGGUCUUCGGUCAGAUGAACGAGCCCCCAGGUGCCCGUGCCCGUGUUGCCCUGACUGGUCUCACCAUCGCCGAGUACUUCCGUGACGAGGAGGGUCAGGAUGUGCUGCUCUUCAUUGACAACAUUUUCCGUUUCACCCAGGCCGGUUCCGAGGUGUCUGCCCUUCUGGGUCGUAUCCCCUCUGCCGUCGGUUACCAGCCCACCCUGGCUGUUGACAUGGGUGUCAUGCAGGAGCGUAUCACUACCACCCAGAAGGGUUCUAUCACCUCCGUCCAGGCCGUCUACGUGCCCGCUGACGAUUUGACUGACCCUGCCCCUGCCACCACCUUCGCUCACUUGGACGCCACCACUGUCCUGUCCCGUGGUAUCUCCGAGUUGGGUAUCUACCCCGCUGUCGACCCUCUCGACUCCAAGUCCCGUAUGCUCGACCCCCGUAUCAUCGGUGACGAGCACUACAACACCGCCACCCGUGUCCAGCAGAUGCUCCAGGAGUACAAGUCCCUCCAGGAUAUCAUUGCCAUUCUCGGUAUGGAUGAGUUGUCUGAGGCUGACAAGCUCACCGUCGAGCGUGCCCGUAAGCUCCAGCGUUUCCUGUCCCAGCCCUUCGCCGUCGCCCAGGUCUUCACUGGUAUCGAGGGUACCCUCGUUGACCUGAAGGACACCAUCAGCUCCUUCAAGGCCAUCAUUGCUGGUGAGGGUGACGACCUUCCCGAGAACGCCUUCUACAUGGUUGGCGACUUCCAGUCCGCCCGCGCCAAGGGUGAGAAGAUUCUGGCUGAGCUCGAGGGCAGCGCCUAGAUGUAAUUUUGUCUAUUUGCUAGCUAGCGCGCCGUCUUACAACUUCCCCUCUACAUCUUCAAGCCUCUUUCUUCUAUGCUCCUCUCCCCCCUUGUCCCUUGAUUUUUCUCUCUGGUCUCCUGGUUAUUUGUCCAUUUAAUUUCCUUUGUCAGAACACAAACUUCUGUCCUGUUUGUACGCGACACCAAUUUCCCCUUUGAGAGACGUGUAUAGUACCGAUCUAAAAGUGAGAAAACAAUCCAACGGAAAGGGACUUGAUCACUCAUUCCAUUUCCGUUGCUUGUCGCAUCUAUUGCGGUGGUGUUUCACGUUUCAUCAUGCGACAAUUGUUUGUGUUCUUUCUAGACUCGUCCUGAGCAAGGAAACCCGUCUUUCAAACCGGGCUAUGAAUAUCCCGACCGGCGAGACCGGAGCAGAAGAAUUUUGCGUGACUUGGAAGUCGGG